UGCGGCUGCGCGGAGUUUCCGGGGAGAGAGAGCGAGAGAGAAAGAAUGGAACGCUCGGCGGAGGCAGCGACGACGACGGUGGCCGGGAGGAGCGCGAACUUACCUUGGGUAGAGAAGUACCGGCCUCAGACGCUUGGAGAUCUAAUUUCUCACGAGGACAUUCUGAAUACCAUACAGAAGUUUAUCAGCGAGGAUCGUUUGCCUCACCUCCUGCUCUAUGGACCCCCAGGGACCGGCAAGACGUCUACAAUUCUCGCCUGCGCUAAACAGCUUUACACAGGGAGAGAAUUCGGCUCGAUGGUUUUGGAGCUGAAUGCUUCUGACGACCGAGGCAUUGAUAUCGUCCGAGGGCCUAUCCUGAAUUUUUCCAGCACCAGAACCAUCUUCAAGAGAGGUUUUAAGCUGGUGAUUCUAGAUGAAGCUGACGCCAUGACCCAGGAUGCACAAAAUGCUCUCAGACGUGUGAUUGAGAAAUUCACAGAGAACACCCGAUUCUGCCUGAUCUGCAACUACCUCUCCAAAAUAAUCCCAGCUCUACAAUCCAGAUGCACCAGGUUCCGGUUUGGCCCUUUGACGCCAGAACUCAUGGUCCCUCGGUUGAAGCAUGUUAUUGAGAAGGAGAACGUUGAUGUAAGCGAUGACGGAAUGAAAGCCUUGGUGACGCUGUCCAACGGCGAUAUGCGCAGAUCUCUGAACAUCUUGCAGAGCACCUACAUGGCGUUUGGUCAAGUGACCGAAGAGACCGUCUACACUUGCACGGGGCAGCCGCUCAAGUCUGAUAUCGCCAACAUCCUGGACUGGAUGCUGAAUCUGGACUUCAGUUCCGCCUACCGCAACAUCAUGGAACUGAAAACCUUGAAGGGCCUGGCUUUGCAAGACAUUCUAACAGAAAUUCAUUUGUUUGUUCACAGAGUUGAUUUCCCAACAUCUGUUCGGAUCCAGCUACUGAUCAAGAUGGCAGAUGUGGAACACCGCUUGGCCACAGGGACAAAUGAGAAGAUCCAACUGGGGUCUCUUGUAGCUGCCUUCCAGGUCACCAGAGAUCUGAUUGUAGCUGAGGCUUGAGGACCAAGUUACUCUCCCACGGCCUGAACUACAACCCGUGUACCUAAGGGUUGUCCUUAGAAUUCAUCUGGACCCUUCCCAUCAAAACCUUGCAGUUCUGGGCGUCCUACAAGCCUGCUCAUUCUCAGUGCUUCUUAGGAUCUCGCAGAAGAAGAGCGUGGUCCUCCUUAACCAAUCUGGACAGAAUCAUUGCCAGUCUGCAUUGACAAGAAAUGAUCUUCAAGAGGCUUCAGAGCGAGGGUUCUCAUUUAUUAUGUCUCUGGAAUCAUAUAAUUGGUUCAAAAUGUCUCGAAAUACAUUCACACCAGCACUUCGGGAAGCUCCACCCUGACCCUCCUCCCCAAUCUUGUUCAAAAUAAAUUCAUUUAUAUGAAAGUAUCAUACAAUCGUGUAGCUGGAAGGGACCUCAGAAAUUGUUUAGUCCAACUGCUGCUGAAUUCUGAACUUAAAGACCUCGAGUGACUAGGAAGGAGCAGCUGUGUCCCCCCCCCCCCCACUAUUCCACUGGCUGACAACUCUUAUUAUAAGCAAAUUCCUAGAUUUAGAUUUAGGAAGUUCCUUAUAAUAAGCAGGACACGAUCCUCUUGCCCAACAUCUGGUAGAUAAUUCAGAUCCCCCAUCAGGCUCCGACCAUGAUAAUUUACAACCAUCUGAGCAGAAUAAAUUCUCUUUGAUUUCUAUCGGCCGUAAGAUUCUUCUCAUCCUGUCUCCCAAUUUCACAAGCCGUCCGCUUAUUAAACUCUUUCAUGGUGCAAUUUGCACGUAUUCCCUCACUUAGGGAAUUCCUUAGUCCUC